AUGACCGGUCAACAACAAGAAAGUGAGGCCAGCGCCUCUGGGGCCCCUACUGCGGCCCCUGCCACGGCCGCUGCACCCACUGCUCCUCCUACUUCCACGACUGCUCCUACGGCUUCCACAACGGCUGCUCCCACGGCCGAUCCAUCGACGCCGAUCGCUGCAACAGUGGCAGCCCAGUCUCCUGUGGAGUCCGAGCCUGAGCUCGAACCCGAUGUGCCGGGUCCGAUCGAACCAGACGCAGACGGUGUCUCGAUCGACGGUUACUCCACGACCGAUGACUCGCAGGCCUCGCUCCGCCCCACGAUUCUCGACUACCGCCGUGAGAACGGCCGUACGUACCACCGCCUCAGUGAUGGCAAGUACAUUCUGCCAAACGAUGAUCUGGAGCAGGAGCGCCUCGACAUCGUCAACCAUGUCUGGAUGGUCACUCUCGACAACAGAUUCUGCAUGUGCCCGAAGAACGAGGGCGCUAAGCGCGUCCUGGACCUUGGAACUGGCACAGGAAUAUGGGCCCUCGACUACGCUGACGCGUUCCCUGACGCCGAGGUUAUUGGCGUAGACCUCAGCCCUAUCCAGCCGGGCUAUGUUCCCCCGAACUGCGUUUUUGAGAUUGAUGAUGUUGAGAAGGAGUGGACUUGGACCAAGCCCUUCGACUUCGUCCUCGCGCGAAACAUGAUCGGCUGCUUCUCCGAUUGGGAAGCAGCUAUUGAGCAGGCCUACAACCACCUUGAACCCGGUGGCUGGAUGGAAAUCCAGGAUAGCGAGUGGCCUGCAGUCUGUGACGAUGGAAGCAUGACCGAGGACAUGGCCAUCUACAAGUACACGACAAUGGGCGCCGAGGCGUGUGAGGAGAUCGGUCGCACGAUCAGCAAAACGCACACCUUCGAUAGGCUUAUGAGGGAGGCUGGCUUCGAAGAUGUGGUCAAGAUCCCUCUCAAGUUCCCCAUCUCGCCGUGGCCGAAAGACAGGCGCUUGAAGGAGAUUGGUCUCUGGACGCAAGCAUCGCUUUUGCCUGGUUUGGAGGGCCUGGCACUGGCCAACUUUACUCGCACUUUGGGCUGGACUAGAGAGGAAACGUUGGUUCUGUGCGCGCAGACCAGAAGGGAUAUCCAGGACCCAAAGAUCCAUGCCUACUGGAACGGUUACGUCAUUUAUGGACGCAAGCCUCUGAAGGCGGACAAGAAGGAAGAUGCGUAG